ACGAAUACAUAAAGUUUUUCGGUAAUAAGAUAUACUGGUUUUGAACUAACAAAUAUACGGUGUGCAGAAGUUCGAAAAGGAAACUGGAUUUUUACAAUGGAGCUGAAUUUGAUGAAAAACCUUGAGUUAGAUAAAAUUUGUCGAAUAUGUUUAGCAGUAAAGAAAGAGAUGCGGCCGCUGUUUGGGGAAAUGGUAGCGGAAAUGCUGAUGGAAAUAGCUAAGAUACAGAUUGAGCAAAUGGAUGGGUGGCCAGACAAAAUUUGUAUUCAGUGCAUCCAUCAAGUCAGUCGGUGCCAUGCUUUUAAAACACGAGUGGAGAAGUCGGACAGUACCUUGCGGCAGUACAUUAAGGGAAUAACCGUGGUCGUUGAGGAGCACAUGCCGAAAGAGCUACCAAUUGAUAUUUCCAGGUCUCAACUUGCAACGCAAAAGAUGCCACAAAUCCAACCCAUUCAGGAGAUUCACAUUCAACGAACGGAUAUUCCAUCGAUUGCUGAAGCUGCUGCUCCUACAAUGAUAUUGACAAAUGCACAACUACUUAACGCCGGGGCUCAGAUUAUAAAUGCAGGUCAUUUGUUAACUACUGCCGCCGGUCAACAAAUUAUACAGGCACCUCAGUAUCAUGCAGCACAGAUUGGACAGUUCAUCCAAGGGCCAAACAAUACCAUUCAGAUGAUAACACAUGGAGCAGCGCAUCCAGCUCCAUUGUUGCAAAUUCAGCGAUCGGAUGAUCGGUGUGAAAUAAUUGUGCAACCAGAAAUGCCAGACCAGCAGUUUUACGACGACAGCAAUGUUAUCUCUGUAAAUCCGAUGCAAUCCGUCCCUAUGAUGGUAGCGGCUCCUCCACCAGCAGCGAUUCAUCAUCAUCAUUUGGCCCAUACUUUUCAGCAACAGCAGCAGCAGCAGCAUCUGCAACAACAGAUGCAACAACAUCAACUUGAAGAAGAGCUGCCGGAAGAUGAAGUCGAAGAAUUGCACAUUAAAGAUGGACAGGAAUCCGAAUAUGGCGAACAAGGGGAUAGUCAGAUCGAUAACGAUGAAAUGAUAGAGGAAGAUAUACAAGAGGAAGAAGACGUUGAAGCAGAACAGGAGGAAUUCUUUAUUACCGACUGUGAAACGGAUGAUGAAGAGAAGCAAUUAGCUGAGUUUAUGACCCAUCAGACCUCUUGUCCUAGUCCUGGGCGAUAUAUAUGCAAUUUGUGCCGGAAAGAAUUCAAUCAGCCAAAGUGUCUGCGAACGCAUAUGUCUUCCCAUUCCAACUGGUUAAAGGCAAACUGUAAAAAACAGCCUGAAUGCGAGAUUUGUCACAAGAGUUUUCGAGGACCAGGAAUGCUACGGAUGCACAUGAAAACGCAUGAAAAAGCCGACAAACUACCCACAUGCUCAAUUUGUCAAAAAGAAUUUAAAUCUAAAUCUAUUUUAUAUCGACACAGGCAAACGCAUUUUGAGAAAAAUUUUGCAUGUUCAAUGUGUGAGAAACGAUUCAGUUCAAAUUAUCAGUUGAACAUCCACAUGCAGCGACAUAAAAAACAAAAACCGCAUAAAUGCCCUCACUGCGACAAGUCCUUUUAUAAUACGUCCGAUUUGAAGGUUCACGUCAAUCAGCAUCUUGGUAUUAAGGUGAUCCAGAUUAAAAAGGUUGCUACAACUAGCUAAUCAAAGUAUUUGUAACAACUCUGUACCUAAACAAACCAACCAAUCAGUAGUUUUCACCAAAAUAAUGGUAAAAGAAUCUUCUUUUCUUUCUGGCAAAGCAGCUUUCCCUGCGUAUAACGGUAUUCCCUGGAGUCGUAGAAGGUUGCAAGGGAAACUUUAGUAAAUGAUGAAAAUUUAUGUACGUUCAGGGUUAAGCUGACGUACAAAUAGUUUGUAUAUAGUUUACUUUCGCUUAACAAACCUACGCUUCCCAAAAGCAACAGAUUUUAUUUAGAUUAACAACAAUCGCUUGUGCAAUGCUUUAGUUAGGUUAGUAGUUCGGUACUCGCUGGAUUCAAGUGCACAAUGUAUUUUCGAUUCCAGACUAUACUUUUUCUCC